UGUGAAGAACAGCUGAUUGCGGGGGGAAAACCAGUUUGGGGCGAAAAAUGUUAUUAACAAAAUGCGCUCAGAAUGUGAUUAAAAGCAACUUUCAAAAAGCUGCAAAUCUACUUGGGGGCCGUCGGAGUAAAUCUGGUUUGUUUCAAGCCGAAUCAACUGUCGAGAGCGGGGCCAGCAGGCGAGAUUGGGGCAAUCGCAAAGCCGAAUCGAAUUCAGCUAUCUAUACGACGACAACGAGAGCGGCAGCAGCAGCAACUGGUGGCGGUGUGGGGCUUUGCAGAUUCUACAGUACUCAAAAACAAUCGACAGGGAAAACACGUAAAAUGGUGGUCAAACUAAAUGAACAGGAACGUGCCGAGAAGCUGCAGCCCCUCCUGGACGCUGGCUGGACUUUGGUGGAUGGCCGCGAUGCCAUCUGCAAGCAGUUUGUCCUGAAGGACUUCAAUCAGGCGUUCAGUUUCAUGACAGGCGUGGCCCUGUUGGCCGAGAAAAUCAACCAUCAUCCGGAGUGGUUCAAUUGCUACAACAAAAUCAACGUCACUCUCUCCACCCACGACGUAGGCGGCUUGAGCUCCCAGGACAUUCGCAUGGCCAAUUACUUUGAGACGCAGGCCAAUUUGUUGAAAUAAGUAAUCUUUCUUGCAUGUAUUCUCUCUGGUAAUCCAAUAAAUAUUCAGCCCAAUGUGGACUUGCUAAA